GUCAAACUAUUCUCGGCUUUGGGCGCAAACGUUGUGGUGACCGGUCUUAAGGACACAGACAUUCAACGGGUGGUCAAAGAAGCGCAAGCGCUGUCUCCUAAAGGACUUAAGCCAUUGGGUUUGGUGGCAGACCUGACCAAAAUGGAUCAGUUGACACACCUAUUGGUCGAAACGGUGAAGUCAUUUGGCCGACUGGACGUAUUGGUAAACAACGCCGGGCUAUAUCUGUUGGCAGAUGUGGCGGACCCGAGAUAUUUGGACAUUUUCGACGCUUUCGAGAAAGUGGACACUCGGGCCGCUCUUCAGCUGAUCCAGAGUGCCGUCCAAUACCUCGAGAAAACCAGCGGCACUGUUAUUAAUGUGUCCAGCGUUUUGACCAAACAUCCGCAAAAAUCAAUGUUGGCCUACGAGAUGGCAAAACAGGCCCUCGAGUUGUCCACUCAACUACUCUCGAUAGAGUUGGCACAACAGCACAUCAGAGGGGCAGUUCAGUCGCAUCCACUCAAUCAAACGGAUCCAAUAGCUGUGGCCCGUUAUAACAAGUCGGUCAGUCAUACUCCGUUGGGUCGCAUAGGAGUGCCCAUGGAUUUGGCCAAAGGGGUGGCAUUUCUGGCCUCGACUGACGCCGAGUUCAUUACCGGUCAGAAUGUGGUGAUAGACGGAGGCCUCAGCUAUAAUCUGGACUCAACUUUUAUGAUAACUACUAAAUAA